GGCAGCAGGUGUGGGGGAGAUCUGACUCGGUGUGUGGGCCCGUGAGCGUGACACAGAGCUGGAGAUGAGGACUUUUAUCUCUGUGGGUGGAGGCGCUGAUGGAGGGGACUCCCGCGGCCUCCGCAGCAGGGUGGGCAGGAUGAAGAAGCUGCUGUGGACCAGGCCCAGUGGACACAUCCACACGGACACGGAGCCCGGCGUGUGGCUCACCAGCUUCCAGUCACUGGACACGGAUGGGCAGCUCGAGACGUUGGUAGUGGGAUCCUACCUCAUCGCCCAUGGCUUCUUCAGCGUGUACGCCAUGUGUGUGGACACACUGUUCCUCUGCUUCUCAUGAGAGUCUGACGUUCCAGGGCCAGCUGGACAGUCUGGAGGCAGAGAUCCUGAAGCACAGAGAGGAGCUUCACGACAAGCAGAUCAUGAACAACAACGCUCAGCUCUCCAAGGAAGCUGCUAAGGCUGACUUGCAGCAGCUGGAGGAAUGUCUCUGCAAGGAGCGCAAGGAGAGAGAGCGUAUUAUAGCAAGCUACAGGAAGAAGGUAGAGGAGCGCAAGGCCCAGGCUGAAAAAACCGAUAGAAGGGCUCAGAGAACAGCGAUGCAGCCCGACGAGCUGAGCAGCGAGGCUCAGCGCAGCAGCCCCAGGAUAGCAGGCGAAGAGGACAAGGUCAUCUCCACUUUUGAGGAGGCAUUCCGACGCAUCAAGGAGGCCACGGGAGUCACAGACAUACAGGAGAUAGUGGAGCGCUUCAUCUCACAGAAGGAGACACACCAGCAUCUGGAGAAGCUGAAGGGAGAGAACGAGACGGUGCUGCAGCAGCUGAAGGAGCAGAAGGAGCUCCUGGACCAACUGGACAUGAAAUACUCGGGAGAGGCUGAACUCUCGAGUGACAGACAGAUGCUGGAGGAGUGUGAGCUGCAGCUGCAGGCUCAGCAGCAGAGGUGUGAUGCAGAUAAGGAGCGUCUGGAGUGGCUGGUGAAAGCCCUCAGUACUGUGCAAGCCGGAGUGGAGCACCUCGCAGACAAACUUCAACACAUCACGCUGAGAGAGGACACGGUGGCUGAAGUGUCUCCAGACUCAGAUGAGUUUGUGUUAGAGCUGAUGACCCAGUGUGAGCUGAAGCUGAAGUUACUGCACGAGGAGCUUCGAGGAAAGGAUGUGUCUGCUAUCAUGAAGGAGAUGGAGGAAGAGGAAUUCUAUGUCAGGAUUGAGGGAAAGCUGCCGGAGUACAACACCCGCGUCAAGCUGCCUGAGGACCAGAGUCUGGACCUCUUCAAUGACGAGGACGACAGUGAAGAGGACGAGGCUGACGUCAUGUCUCGCGAGGCACUGAAGCGCCAUUCUCAGAUGAUCAUUGAGUCCAAGUCCAAGAAGAAGCCCUGGAAGAAGAAGAAGGGCAAAUUCUGAUCGCUACAGUGUCAGGACUCUGAUCUCAGGACCCAGAUUUCAAAUCGCUAUAUUAAUGUUUCACCGCUCAAAUUAAAAUUAUUUUAAUUUGCUUAAAUGUUGCUACAAAUCUUUGACAAAUACAAAUGAGAUUAUAUAUUUUUAGAAAUGAAUUAUUAGCCCAAUUAAAAAGCUCUACGAUGAUUUUUGUUUAAAUAUAUGUUAGUACCUUGAAAUGUGUUGGAUAAGUGUGUGUUUUGACAACAGUAAGGUUCUCUGUUGUUACACAAACUAUUGGUCCUUUGCUUCUAUUCACAGUGCACAAGUCCACACUCUGCAUGGUGCCCUUAUAAAAAAAAAAUACAAAUUUUGCUUUUACUUUUUUUGGUAUAAUCUGACCAUAAAUGUGGGUGAAACCAGUCACUUUUGCUUGAAGGCUUUCUCCGUUAUUGUCCUGCUAUCCAUCGUGAACGUAAUAGGGUUGUACCUUUCAGAAAUGAUACAGGUCCCUGAAAGCCAACACCUUUGACAAAUCCAGCCAAGUGAAUCACGUUGACACUAGAGACACAUUUGCUUUGUCCCAGCAUACCGUAACAUGUGAGCGUCAACACCUGAACUAUCUCUGCUAUGCUCAGCAUGUCAGAAAUAGAUGUGCCUCUUUGCUCAAAUACUUUGUGGUUGCUGUUAGGUGGAUUGUUUGGUUUUCUUAUAAUUAGCAAAGCAAAACAUCAGAGUGUAACUCAAUCAUGUUCUCUGUGUUUAAUUGUCCAACUGAUACAUCUGCCAUUGAGUGUCAUACAGAAUUCAACCAGACAGACAACUAUGAUUGAUCAAAUACAUUAUUGUUUAAUUCUAAGGGUUUGGUGCUCCUGUAGAAUUGCAUUUGUGUACUGAUAGUUAUACGUUAUAAAUCAAAAUCACAUUCAUUUAAAAAAAAAAAAUGGGAUCCUGAAGAAAGAAUUAACAGCAUGCCCACAUAAAAUCAAUUUUGACCUAUGACCUCAAUAUUGAUUUAUUUAAUCCUGGCUGUUUAUGUGGAUGUAUUUAUAACGGAAAGUCUUUGAACAAAUGUAUGUUUUGCUCAACUGCUUCUCAUCUAGGAAAUAAGAAAUGUAAAACAUGAUGAUUCAUUAGAUAUUAAAGUGACUGUUAUUUUGUAUAUAUUGAUUGUUGUGCUUU